GUUCAUAAAGGUGAAGGAAUCCUUCAAGUGUCAUCAAAGCCAUGAUUACCCAGAAUGCAGUGAGAGAGAGCAGGAGGAUCCUGAGGUCCUGUACAUUGUUGAGAAGAUGCUGGAGACCUGUGGCAGUGAGAGGUCUCUGAAGAUCACACUCCACAUCCUGAGGAACAUGAAGCAGAAGGAUCUCGCUGACUCACUGGAGAGAGAUGAGCAGCACAGUAAGUUCUCUCAUUGCUACUGUCAGGAACUGAAAACUCAUCUGAAGAAGAAGUUUGAAUGCAUAUUUGAAGGUUUAGCAACGCAUGGCCACUCAACCCUCCUCAAUGAGAUCUAUACAGAGCUCUACAUCACAGAGGGGGGAAGUGGGGAGGUCAUUAAUGAGCAUGAGGUCAGACAGAUUGAGAUGGCAUCCAAGAGGCAAACCACCCAGGAGACUCCAAUCCUCUGCAAUGACAUCUUUAAGCCUUUACCUGGACAAGAGAAACACAUCAGAACUGUGCUUACAAAGGGCAUCGCUGGCAUUGGGAAAACCGUCUCUGUGCAGAAGUUCAUACUGGACUGGGCAGAAGGAAAAGCCAAUCAGGACGUUGAUUUCAUCUUCACUCUUCCUUUCCGAGAUCUGAAUCUGAAGAAGGAAAGAGCAUUCAGUCUAAUGCAACUUCUGCAGCACUACUUUCCACAACUGAAAGAGAUCCAAAGUGUUGAAAGUGAUGAAGUCAAAGUUGUGUUCAUCUUUGAUGGUCUGGAUGAGUGUCGACUUCCUCUACAUUUCCAAAGCAAUGACAUCUGCUGUGAUAUAACAGUGUCAUCAUCAGUGGAUGUGCUGCUGACCAACCUCAUUAAGGGGAAUCUGCUUCCCUCUGCUCUCCUCUGGAUCACCUCCCGACCUGCAGCAGCCAAUCAGAUCCCUCCUGAGUGCAUCCACCAGGUGACAGAGGUACGAGGGUUCAAUGAACCACAGAAGGAGGAGUACUUCAGAAAGAGAAUCAGAGAUCAGAGCCAGGCCAGCAGAAUUAUCUCACACAUCCAGUCAUCCAGGAGUCUCUACAUUAUGUGUCACAUACCAGUCUUCUGCUGGAUUUCUGCUACUGUUCUGGAGACACUUUUGAGUAAAGUAGAGAGUGGAGAUCUGCCCAAAACUCUGACUGAAAUGUACACACACUUCCUGCUCAUUCAGACUAAUUUGAAGAAUCUGAAGUAUUGUGGCUCCGAUGAAACAAACCUGAAGACGUCAGCAUCAGAUACAGAAAUCAUCCUGAAACUGGGGCAACUGGCUUUUCUACAGCUGGAAAAGGGCAAUCUGGUAUUCUAUGAAGAGGACCUGAGAAACAGUGGCAUGGAUGCCUGUGAAGCUUCAGUGUACUCUGGGGUGUGCACAGAGAUCUUUAACGAGGAGCGUGGGUUGGAUCAGGAGAAGGUCUACUGCUUUGUGCAUCUGAGCAUUCAGGAGUAUCUGGCUGCCUUGUUUGUGUUUCAUUCAUGUGUACAUGAGAACAGAAAUGUGCUCAGAGCAGGAGAAUCCGAACCUUACAGUGACCGGGUGCAGCUGUCUGAUUUACACAGGACUGCAGUGGAUCAGGCCUUACGGAGUAAGAACGGACACCUGGACCUUUUCCUCCGAUUCCUUCUCGGCCUCUCUCUGGACUCCAUUCAGACCCUCUUUGGAGGACUACUCACACAGACAGAAAGCAGAUCAGAGAGCAUUGAGAAAACAGUCCAUUGCAUUAAGACAAACAUCAAAUCUGUAUCUUCAGCAGAGAGGACCAUUAAUCUGUUCCACUGUCUCAAUGAACUGAAUGACAACUCUCUAGUGGAGGAAAUCCAGAAUUCCCUGAGAUCAGGAAAGCUUUCUGAUAAAAAGCUGGAACCACACCAAUGUUCAGCUCUGGCCUUUGUGUUACUGAUGUCAGAGGAGAUCCUGGAUGAGUUUGACUUGAAGACCUACAACACAUCUGCAGCAGGUCAUCAGAGAUUGGUACCAGUAGUUGGGAACUGCAGGAAGGCCAUACUGAACAGCUGUGCCUUAACAGAGGAGUCCUGUGAAAUUGUGGCCUCAGUUCUCCAGUCAUCAAACUCACCCCUGAGCGAUCUGGACCUCAGCAACAAUAACCUGGGAGAUGCAGGAGUGAAGCUGCUCUGUGCUGGAUUGAUGAGUCCAAACUGUAAACUACAGAGACUGGGGCUGUCAGGCUGUAGAGUCACACCGAGAGGCUGUGAUUCUCUGGCUUCAGCUCUGUGUUCAAACCCCUCAUACCUGAGAGAGCUGGACCUGAGAUACAAUCACCCAGGAGACUCAGGAGUGAGAGCGCUGUCUGCUGCUAAACUGGACACACUCACACUGCUUGUGGAACAUGGGGGAGAGAACAGGAUCAAACCAGGACCCAGGAAAUAUGGCUGUCGGCUCACACUGGAUCCAAACACAGCGCACAGAGAACUGUCUCUGUCUGAGGGGAACAGGAAGGUUACACACACACCGGAGAGAGAGAAGCCAUAUCCUGAUCAUCCAGAGAGAUUUGAGCCCUGGGAGCAGGUUAUGUGCAGAGAGAGUGUGUGUGAGCGCUGUUACUGGGAGGCUGAGUGGAGUGAGAUGGGAGAGGUUUCUAUAGCAGUGACAUAUAAAGGAAUCAGCAGGAAAGGAGUGGGUGAUGACUGUGUGUUUGGAUUGAAUGAAACGUCAUGGUGUCUUAGGUGCUAUAAACUUAGAUACUCUGUCUGGCACAAUAAUAACCACACAAUCUUACCUGCCCCCCCCUCCCCCUACCGCAGAGCUGUUACAGGAGUGUGUGUGUUCAGGGUUGGAGUGUAUGUGAACCGUCCGGCUGGCACUCUGUCCUUCUACAGCAUCUCUUACUCUGACACACUGACCCUCCUGCACACAUUCCACACACACUUCACUCAACACACACCCCUCUGUGCUGGGUUUAGAGUGUGGUGGGGCGGCUCAGUGUCCCUCUGCCAACUGGAGUAGAUACGCACACACACACACA